GGGCGCGGCGGCGGGCGGAGCCUACCCCGCCGCUCGCCCCUCCGCCCGGCCGCUGCGGCAGUGUCUCGGAGGCGGGCAGGCGGCCGGUCCCUCCGGUCCCUCCGGCAGCAUCCCGGCCCUGCCAUGGCUGGCGUCGGCUUCGCGGCGCACCGCCUGGAGCUGCUCGCCUCCUACCAGGACGUGAUCGGCGAGGACAGCCCCACCGACUGGGCCCUCUACACAUAUGAGGAUGGCUCCGAUGACCUGAAGCUGGCAGCAUCGGGAGGUGGAGGUUUGCUGGAGCUCUCUGGACACUUUGAGAUCCAGAAGGUGAUGUAUGGCUUCUGCAGCGUCAAGGACCCCCAGGCAGUACUCCCCAAAUAUGUCCUCGUCAACUGGGUGGGUGAGGAUGUGCCGGAUGCCCGCAAAUGCGCCUGUGCCAGCCAUGUCGCCAAGAUCGCUGAAUUCUUCCAGGGUGUGGAUGUCAUUGUUAAUGCCAGCAGUGUGGAGGACAUUGACCCAGGGGCCAUUGGGCAGCGUCUCUCCAACGGGCUGGCCCGUGUCUCCAGCCCAGUGCUGCACCGACUGCGGCUGCGGGAGGAUGAGAAUGCCGAGCCUGUGGGCACCACUUACCAGAAGACUGAUGCCACCGUGGAGAUGAAGCGGCUCAAUCGGGAGCAGUUCUGGGAACAAGCCAAGAAAGAGGAGGAGUUGCGUAAGGAAGAGGAGCGGAAAAAGGCCCUGGAUGCCCGGCUGCGGUUCGAGCAGGAGCGGAUGGAGCAGGAGCGGCUGGAGCAGGAGGAGCGGGAGCGCCGCUACCGGGAGCGAGAGGAGCAGAUCGAGGAGCACAGGCGGAAGCAGCAGAGCAUGGAGGCAGAGGAGGCCCGGCAGCGCUUGAAGGAGCAGUCCAUCUUCGGGGACCAGCAAGAGGAGGACGACAGACAGCAGCUCAGGAAAUCAGAGUCAGAGGUAGAGGAGGCUGCUGCCAUCAUUGCUCAGCGGCCCGACAACCCCCGGGAGUUCUUCAAGCAGCAGGAGCGGGUGGCAUCAGGCAGCAGUGAUGCUGUCUCACCAGGCAGUCACAGGACAGCAGGUCGUCUACACUGUCCUUUCAUAAAGACAGCUGACAGUGGGCCGCCUUCUUCCUCCUCCUCCUCCUCCUCCCCCCCGCGGACCCCCUUUCCCUAUAUCACCUGCCAUCGCACCCCAAAUCUCUCCUCUUUCUUCCCAUGCAGCCAUUCGGACACCUACCGCAAGGCCUCGGCAGCGGGCUGCAGCCCCUGCGAGUCCAGCCCGGCCACCACGCCGCUGGGUGAGCCGGGCACCCGUGUGUCGGGCAACAAGACGCCGACAAUGCCCAAAGACUCCCCCAGCACGCAGGAGGCUGAGCCAGCCACCCCUGAGCAACACUGGCCCUUCCCAGGGCCUGAGGACAAGGCCACUGAGCCCCCCAGGGAUGACCCCAGCCCCAGGCCAGUGUGGACAGAAGGGGGUGAUGCCCUGGGGGACCUGGUGACCCUGGAGCCUACUGAGCCCACCUUGCCACCCAUGGCCACCGAGUCCCAGCCUGAAGGGACCCCCAACCCUGAGAGCCUCAUCGACUUGUGGGAGAGUGAUGGGAUGACCACCCCAGCUUCCUGGCCUCUGCCUGCUGCUCCUGUCUCCGAGGGUCCCCCAGCCGUGCUGCCUGGUGAGGGGGCCCUGCUGAGCCUUGAUGAGCUGCCUGAGCCCCCUGCCACCUUCUGUGAUGUGGAGCAGGAUGAGGAGACAGCCGACAUGGGGGACCCCCAGCCACAGGGGCUUGACUGCCAGCAUGCCCCUCAGGAGGACAGCUUGGGCCGGGAGACCCCUCCCAUCACCAAUGGAGAGAUGGCCCCCAAGGAUGGGACACCGGGUCGUGGGGAGCAGGCCAGCGAGGGCUACUUCAGCCAGUCUCAGGAGGAGGAGGUGCCACCCCCCGAGGAACUGUCGGCCAAAGCCCCCCAGCCUGUCUUCUACAACAAACCCCCAGAGAUCGACAUCACAUGCUGGGACACGGACCCCCUGCCCGAAGAGGAGGAGAGCUUCGAGGGGGGUCUUUAAGCCUGGGCCCCACUGCCGGCGCAGGCAGCUUCCUGCCCCAGCCGGCGUGGGGCACAGUGGAGGCUGCAGCCAGGGGCUGGACCUACCCCUCACCCCUCCGGGGCCCCGCAGGAUGAGGUUUCCGGGUAGGGGGCCACCCCGCUGCGCCCCCGCCUCGGGGCAUCUUUUACAGCCCCAGCGCCCCCCCCGCCCUUCUCUUUUUUAAGUUGUCGGUAGGAGCCGUGUCAGCCCCCCCCGAGCCUCCCCUUAGCAGCGUCCUGCCCCAGCGUCCCUUUGUGGGGGGGACGGACACGCACGCUCGCAUCUCCUGCCCGGCUGUGGGACAAAGUCCUCGUUCUCUUCGUGCCCGUUCCGAGAGCCCCCCCCCGUACUUUGCACGAGGUAAAAAACAAACAAACAAACAAAACCAAACAACAACACAAGGAAUAAUAAUAAUAAUAAUAAAUGAAUAUGGCAAUAAAGUAACCCGACCGAG